AUGUCCAAGAGGGAUAACUACUGCUCUGCUGCACAGCGUGUUUGUGGAGUGUUAAGUAGCCUGUCGAAAGAUAAUCGCUUGGUUCGUGUUAAUGAUAAGCUGGUGGAUAAGCUGUCUAAAUUCUUGAGUUACGGAACACAGCAUAUUCAAGUUGUUUGUGAUUUUGACCACACGUUGUCCAAAUACUGCCAUAAUUCGGAAAAAGUCCCAGUUUGUCAUGGUUUGUUCAUGAGACAUCCAAGAAUACCCGAAGUGUCUAGAAGGCGGCUUGAGGAAUUAUGUGAACUUUACAUGCCACUUGGGAGCUCUGGGAACUUAAGCGAGUCGGAGAAAUGUUAUCUGAUGAUGGAAUUUUGGAAGCUUGCUCACAAAACACUGGUUGAUGGAAAUAUAUAUCGAAGUGAUGUCGACUGUUGCGCUUUAGAAGGCGGAAUAGUACUUAGGGAUAAUGCUGUCGACUUUCUGAAUAAAUUGGCUGAUUUGAAUAUACCACUGAUUAUUUUCUCUGGUGGUAUAGGCAACAUUAUUGAAGUACUUUUAUCGUCACUGAAUAUAUCGCUGGAUAAUGUUCGUAUUGUUUCAAACUUUAUGGACUUUAAUGCUGAAGGUCGUUUAGUUGGAUUUCAGGAUCCUGUUAUUCAUUCGCUGAAUAAAACAUACAAAAUAAUACAAAAUUCUGAAUAUUAUGAGACGGUUUUAUCAAAGCGGAUAUGUACUUUGCUUAUUGGAGACUCAGAUAGUGAUGCAAAUAUGAUUGAUAACAAACAGAAAUUUUCUGGUGAACAGGCCAUUGUUAUUCGUAUCGGAUAUUUGAAUGAGAAAGUCGAUGAGAGAAUGGAACUAUUCAGUUCACUUUAUGAUAUUGUUCUUGUUAAUGAUGAAACUUUCGAUAUUCCCCUGGUUAUUUUGUCGUCUAUUUUUAAUACUGACAAAUUCCUUAAAAAUAAUGAAGACAGUAAUGCUAACAACGACAACAACAACAACAUCAACACAUCAUAAUUGUCUUGUAAUAUUUCGUCAAUAGUAAUUUUCUAAUUCAUCUUUUCAUUUUUAUAAUAAAUACUAAAAAAAGUAAUCACUUGUUCUUGUUCAGCUUGCAAAAUAGUC